GAUCAUGAAUAUACAAUUGAAGGUGAUAUUGGUCAGCUAAGAGCUUCCGGUCAGCAGGACAACAUGCUCAGAUAUCUAUACUCUUAAUAAUUAAAACCCUUCACUGAGUAAACCGGGAAACCCGUUCGGAUUUGUUGCUAUGGACGAUUUUAGAGAUGGAAAUACAGAGGCUGCAAACUCAAGUGUGUCAGAGAGGAGCUCUUGAUCACCAGAUACAAUGUUCCUUUUUCAGGAGGUCACUGUAUGGACUGUAUCCUCACAAGCCCAGCAUGAUUGGCAUGGAGAACCUGGGCGAUCCAUCAAGUAACUGGGAUAUAGUGGAGACCAUUGGUAAAGGAACGUAUGGGAAAGUCUACAGAGUGACCAACAAGAAGGAUGGGAGUCAAGCAGCUGUGAAAGUGCUGGACCCAAUCAAUCAUGCGAGCCAUUCAAACAGAGAUGUGGACGAGGAAAUUGAGGCAGAAUACAACAUCUUGAGGUCCCUGUCCAACCACCCUAAUGUGGUGAAGUUUUACGGCAUGUUCUACAAGUCAGACAAAGUAUCAGGUGGACAACUUUGGCUGGUCCUUGAGCUGUGCAAUGGCGGCUCUGUCACAGAACUCAUCAAAGGCCUACUCAUGCGAGGCCAGUGUCUGCAGGAGCCCGUUAUCUCAUACAUCUUAUACAGUGCCCUCUUGGGUCUUCAGCAUUUGCACAACAACCGGAUUAUCCAUCGUGACGUCAAAGGCAACAACAUCCUCCUGACAACUGAGGGAGGAGUCAAACUGGUUGACUUUGGUGUUUCAGCUCAGCUGACCAGUGCACGAUUGCGGAGGAACACAUCAGUUGGGACUCCGUUUUGGAUGGCUCCUGAGGUCAUAGCCUGUGAACAGCAGUAUGACUACUCCUACGACGCCCGCUGUGAUGUGUGGUCGCUCGGCAUCACAGCCAUCGAGCUGGCAGACGGAGAUCCCCCGCUGGCUGAGAUGCAUCCAGUUAAAGCCCUCUUCAAAAUCCCGCGAAAUCCCUCCCCUACAUUACGAAAUCCAGAGCAGUGGUGCAGAAGUUUUUGCCAUUUCAUCGGCCAGUGUCUGAUAAAGGAUUUUGAAGCACGUCCAUCUGUGACGCACCUCCUAGAGCAUCCCUUCAUCAAGCAGGCCCACGGCAAAGAUGUGGUACUACCACAGCAGUUAGCUGCUCUCAUCCAGGAGCAGCAAGAACUCUGCUGCAAAACCAAAACCAAGCAGGAGCGAAUCAAUACUCGUAAAACCCUCAUAAUAGAGAGCUGUCCUGAUGAUGAUCUGGUAAACCUGGAGUUCUUAGAUGAGGAGACAAUAAUCAGCCAUCUCCAGAAGCGGUAUGAUGAGCUGCAGGUGUACACUUACGUUGGUGACAUCCUCAUUGCUCUCAAUCCUUUCCAGAAUCUCAGCAUCUACUCUCCCCAGUUCUCUAAGCUGUACCACGGUGUAAAGCGGGCUGACAACCCUCCACACAUCUUUGCUACUGCAGAUGCAGCCUACCGAGGCAUGGUGACGUUCUGCAAAGACCAGUGUAUCAUAAUCAGCGGGGAGAGUGGUGCGGGGAAAACAGAGAGCGCUCAUUUGAUUGUUCAACAUCUUACCUUCUUGGGAAAGGCUAACAAUCGGACGCUGCGAGAGAAGAUCUUGCAGGUGAACCCCCUUGUAGAGGCCUUCGGAAACGCCUGCACAGCUAUCAAUGACAACUCCAGUCGCUUUGGCAAAUACCUGGAGAUGAAGUUCACACCCACUGGAGCGGUCAUCGGGGCCAAGAUAUCCGAGAACCUGCUGGAGAAGUCGAGGGUCAUCAAACAGGCUAUCGGGGAGAAAAACUUCCACAUAUUUUACUACAUAUACGCUGGGCUUUACCACCAAGACAAGCUGAAGACUUACAGGCUACCAGACAGGACACCUCCCAGGUACAUUGACAGCCAACACCGCAAAGUGAUGCAAGACAUUGUCUCCAGCAAACUGUACACGGAGCAGUUUGACGCAAUUCAGGAGUGCUUCCGAAAUAUUGGCUUUACUGAAGAGGAGGUCAACUCUGUUUACAGAAUUCUCUCAGCCAUUUUGAACACCGGCAAUAUUGAAUUUGCUUCCAUCACAUCCCAACACCAGACUGAUAAGAGUGACGUGCCUAACUCAGCGGCCUUAGAGAACGCUGCAUCUCUCCUCAGCAUCGGCACUGAGGAACUCCAGGAGGCGCUGACCUCCCAGUGUGUGGUCACCAGGGGCGAGACCAUCAUCCGCACCAACACCGUGGACAAAGCUGCUGACGUCCGAGACGCCAUGUCCAAGGCCUUGUACGGACGCCUCUUCAGCUGGAUAGUCAACCGCAUCAACUCCCUGCUGCAGCCUGACAUGAAUAUCUGUGCCGCAGAGAGCGUCAUGAAUGUAGGAAUCCUGGACAUAUUUGGAUUUGAAAACUUCAAGAAGAACUCAUUUGAACAACUGUGCAUCAACAUCGCAAACGAGCAGAUCCAGUUUUACUUCAACCAGCACAUUUUUGCCCUUGAACAGAUGGAAUACCAGAGUGAGGGGGUGGAUGCCAGCCUGGUGGACUAUGAGGACAACAGGCCCAUCCUGGACAUGUUCCUGCAGAAGCCCAUGGGUCUGCUGUCCCUGAUGGACGAGGAGAGUCGCUUCCCUCAGGCCACUGACCAAACCUUAGUGGAUAAAUUUGAGGACAAUUUGCGCUGCAAGUACUUUUGGAUACCAAAACAUGUGGAGCUUUGUUUUGGGAUUCAGCAUUAUGCAGGAAAGGUAAUGUACAACGUGAAUGGUUUUUUGGGGAAGAACAGAGACACUCUUCCUGCAGACAUCGUCGUAGUUCUGAGAACAUCAGAGAACAAACUUUUGCAGCAGCUGUUUUCCAGCCCCUUAACUAAAACAGGAAAUCUGGCGAUGUCCAGAGCCCGAAUCACAGCUGCCUCCAGAUCUCUGCCACCACAGCUCGGUUCCGGGCGCACCAAGUCUCCCAAAUACCUAUUGAAGGUGGACACCAUGGAGAUGAUGCGUCACCCAGAAGAAACCACCAACAUGAGGAGACAGACUGUAGCCUCCUAUUUCCGUUACUCCCUGAUGGACUUGCUGUCUAAGAUGGUGGUGGGUCAGCCACACUUUGUGCGCUGCAUCAAACCCAAUGAUGACAGGCAGGGACUGCGCUUCUGCAAGGAGAGGGUGAUGUUGCAGCUGCGCUACACCGGAAUCCUGGAAACAGUGAACAUCCGUCGGCAAGGCUACUCCCACCGCAUCCUGUUUGAAGAGUUCGUCAACAGAUAUUACUACCUUGCGUUUCGGGCUCACCAGAUGCCUGAGACCAGCAAAGAGAACGUUGUCGCCAUACUGGAGCGGGCCAAACUGGAAGCCUGGGUGCUGGGGAAGACAAAGGUUUUUCUUAGGUACUACCAUGUGGAGCAGCUGAACCUGCUGCUGAGGGAGGUGAUAGCUCGGGUGGUGGUGAUGCAAGCUUACACUAAAGGCUGGCUGGGCGCCCGACAUUACCGAAAAGAGAAGCAGAAGAGAAACCGUGGGGCUGUCAUCAUCCAGUCAGCCUGGAGGGGCUAUGUUGCUCGGCAGAACCUCAAGCAGAUAAAAAAGGAGCGGGAAGAGGCCGCUAUCUGCAUUCAGUCAGCUUACAGGGACCAUCGGGUGCGUCGGGACCAUGUACCCCAGGGGCACAUAUGCCAACCUGAGGCUGGAGGAAAGACCACCAAAGAGGAGCAUACGGGGUCAAACAACUCAGAAAGCAGGGAGGCACAUACGGAUCACAUACAUAGAGGAAAUGUUGGCCUCGACAGCCAAGACAGACAAGUGAAAGACUUCAAGAGAGACAAAGGCAGAGCAGAAGACAGUGUAACCAAGCCUUGCCGGGAGACAGCUAGACUGCGAGACAUGCAGUGUAAACAAGGUCCAGUGAUGAAGCUGCAGCAGAGAACUCCUCGCCGGCGGGGCCAGCAGCCCAAGCUGCUCAACAGCCCCGAAGACAGCCUGUACUACAACCAGCUAAAUAGAACUCUGGAUUACCAGGGGAGCAAGAGGAAGCCGAGAAAACUUGGUCAAAUCAAAGUGCUGGAUGGAGAAGACGAGUACUACAAAUUACUGUCAACUGUGGAGUCAAUCCCUGAGGAAGAGCAUGCGACCGCCCCCCCCUUCCACUCUUUCUAGUGGGCCUCUCGUCAGUCAGAGCUGAGCCUUAAAACCAUGUCAACCGAUUGCCUUCUUCAACUUUGAACUGCACCUGAACCAAAACAAACUCAGCAACACACAUUAUAUCUGUUGUAAAUGUAUAUUUAUUUCUAGUAAAUCGACAUUUUAUAUGAGUCAAAUAAAUAUGUUUAAACUACUCA